AUGCCGUGCAUUCAGACUUUGGGGAUGGUGAGACUGACGGAGACGACGAGGAUGCUUGGCUGGAUGUACAUGAGUGUGAUUGACUAUAUGCGUUACUGCAAUGUUCUGAAUGAGUACGACUGGUGGUUCGAUUUGGUCUGGGAAGGGCCGAAUCGUCUAUUGCGCAAGACGGCGUAUGCGGUCACGGCUACGUCAAUCCAGAUACGCUUCCGGGCUGGGGAGUGGACUGUCGUUCCUGUGCCGACUGACUCAUUGAGCUUGCCGAGGGGAUAUUUGCUUACGAGGGAAAAGGUGGGCAUUGGGGUUGGGGUGCCGGUGGCGGUUGGAUUGCUCAUGAGGGUGUAUUUUAUUUCUGUUGUGGGGGGAGGAGGAGGCAGGAAGGAGAGGGUUGUUACGGUGACGGAUACAGGCCUGGACCUGGACCUGGACCUGGACCUUCCUCCGCCAUAUCCUGGGUUGGACGAUGGAUGGUCUACAAAUGAGGUUCAGUGUGGAUGCCGUCGGUAG